AUUGACUGUCCAGCCACCAAUCAGUUCUUACUUGUAUCCGUCGUGAAAGGGUUACUUCUGUUUUAUUCUGUAAUAUCUCAGUGUGAAUUACGCUUAGUUUGCUACAACAGUGAAGUUUCAAUAUUCCAAUUGAUUUAAUGAAAUAAUAUCCACGAUGUACGUGAAAUUCAUUGUCAUCCUGGGUUUGGUGGGUCUUGCUGUGGCCGGUGUAAAACCAAUUAAAGACGCUCGUAAAACCAGAGGAUACGCACCGGGCUAUGGAGAUGCUGCCCUGGGUGACUACACCCUGGUGAGCGACUACGUGCAACCGAUAGGACGUGCAGACAGUCAACCUGCACCUUCACAUCACGGUCUUCCUGCCAAACCCGGUUUCAGCGUUGGAGGUGGUCUUGUCUCCAUAGCUCGAGGCUCAGCCGACCAAGCACGAACUGCCCUCGGUAACCAACACUCCGCCGCUGGUCAAGCCGCUUAUGUAGCUAAAAAUCAACUCGCUCAGAGUGCAGCGCAGAGUGCAGCAACUGCCAAUGCUGCAUUCGCUGGCAAACAAAUUAUCUUCCUUGGACUGCAGCAGCAGUCUGCUGAUGCUCGCAAUGCCAUUGAUGGAGAGAAGAGACAGCUAGAACAAGCGGCUAGGGCAGCCCAAGCAGCCAGAAAUGCUGCUCAACAAGCUAUGCACCAGGUCCAAGUCAUCACCGCUGCUCUCAACGCCGCUCAAGCCACUCAAGAUCAUGCAUCUCAAGCUGCUGCGGAAGCUGCUGCUGAGCUCGCCGCGCAGACAACGAUGCUGGGGCAGGCAAAAGCUCGAGCUCAGACAAUUGAUGAGCAGCUGGACGCCGCACGAAUUGACUUCGAAGCCACUCAGUCAGCAAGAGACAAGGCCCAAGCCGCUGCCCAACAAGCGCAAAAUAAUGCUGCUGCAGCUGCCGCACAAGCAGCAGAGAGUGCAGCAGCCAAUCACCCAGGAUUGACUGUCGCUGAAGAGGAGGAUGGACACUCCGCCCUUCCAGCACUUCCUGCCAAGAUCCAGCCAGACAGCCAUGAAGAAAUCGUCCAACACGAUGCGUACCUUCCACCCACCCAGUAUGAGGACGUUGAUCAUGAACAAACACUUCUCAUCCACAGGAAUUCCCUUCAAUCUGCUCCCCACGCACUCUUCCAGGCUCAUCAGGGUAUAGCUGAUAGUGCAGAUGAAUAUGACUACAAGGGAUACUAUUAAUGCAUUAGAUUAUGAUUUUUUUCCCUUUGUAGAUGCAUUUGUACAGAGUUUGAUAACGGAGAGACUCUGAUUUCUCACUUGAAAAAUUAAUAUGUUUUUACAUAA